AUCAUUUCAAGAUUGUAUUUUGUAUUGAACCAGAGCCUAUUUGGUUCGUCUAAACAUCUUGGUUAACGUAUAGUUGUGGGCGAAAAUUCUUACAAAAUCGAUCGUUUAUUGAAAGUAAAUAAUGGAUAAAAAGGAAAGAACGUUAACUGCAAGCGAGCUAGAGAAACUGCUCGGGAUGGAAGUUACUAAACUCUCCAUUAAGAGACUGACUGCUCCCGGCGAUAAUUACGGAAGCGUCAUGCUGGCGGUCGACGCGGUGCUGAAGUCCGGGCGUAACUUGGCACUCGUGGCGAAGAUGUUCCCCACGGACGAGAUGGGGCAGAAAGUUUUCCAGAGCCCGACGUCGAUGAAGAAGGAGAUCGAAGUGUACCAGAUCAUCAGCCCCGAGUACGAGCGGAUACAGGAGGAGCAGCUGGUGCCUCCCUCGCAGAGGCUGCACGCCUUCUGCGACUGUCCUGGCGCGCGGCUGUCCCUGGAGGACCACCAGGCCGAGGACCAGCUGGCCGACCAGGACUCCGUGCUGCUGCUGGAGAACCUCAGGGUGCAGGGCUACCGCACCGGGGACCGCGUCGUCGGAGCCAGUCUGCAGAGGACGCAGUUCGUGCUGGAGCGCCUGGCCAAGUUCCACGCCACCGCAGUGGCCAUCAAGAUCAAGAAGCCCCUGCUGUUCAGGAACAAGCUGCUCAAGGUCCUCGCGCCUUUCAAGAUAAAAGGUGGCACCAAGGAAGAGGAUGAAACGCGUAACAAGAAGUUUCUUGAAAGUUUACAAACCAUUCCAGCGUGUAACAGAAACAUCGAUGCCCUGAGAGAAUUAAUGACGAAAAACCUGGAAUUUACUCACAGCGAUAAGUUUAUACCAAUAAGGGAACCUUUCGCUACUUUCGCGCAUUUCGAUUUUUGGACCAACAAUAUGAUGUUCAAGUUUCGAUCUGAAACAGAUGAAGAACCCAUCGAUUUCAAAAUUGUUGAUUUCCAAGUAAGCCAGUACGGGUCACCCGUGUCAGAUAUUAUGUUAUUCUUGUUCACAAGUACUGAAACAGGGGUAGUUUCCGAACAUAUAGAUAGUCUCCUAGAACUUUAUCAUCGUGUUUUCGUAGAUUGGCUGGAAGUUUUGGGUUGUGAAACCAAAAAAUUUUCAUUUGAAAAAUUUAUGGAAGAAGUGAACAUCGUUGCUCCUGAAACAUUGAUGCAGAUCAUUUACAUGUUGAUGCCCAUCACUUUUAACAAAGAUCAGAUUGAAACUAUGGGGGAAGGUGUGCCUAAUGAUGACAGACCAGUAGAAUUUAAUGACGUGUACAUUGUUAAAUUGUCUGAAGCAAUAAACACUUACGAAGUAAAAAAAUGGCUGUGAAAUAGUGCAUAUAGUAAGUGAGGAAGCUGCAUUGAGAAAUUAUACUUAAAUAUGUUCUUUAUUUAGAGAUAUUUAAGCUAUCUUUAAAUAAGUUUAUAUUGCUUAAAAUCAAAAUAAAUAUAAUAUUUUUCGUGCGCAUACAUAAAAAUAUGACAUUAAAUAGUUCUGAGUAAUAAAAUGCAAGCUUUUCUCAAAACAUUGCAUGCCAUGUCUCAUUGAACAGUGUAAUAUAUGAAUACUAUGCGGUAUGCGCAUACAUUCAAAUUCGCCUUUAAAUGGUUCUGAGUAAUAAAAUGCAUACUUUUUCUCAAAACAUUGCAUGUCAUGUUUCACGGGGCAAAAUGUGGAUACUUAUAUUGCCUGUUUCAGUCAAAAAAAUAAUGAAUGAAAUUCAUUAUUAGCUAUUUCUAAGCUUACGAAUUUUAUAUUUAUAGCACUUCAUCCUACAAUCUGUAUAUAUGACCAAAUUAAAAUUUAUUUCGUAAAA